AUGAAUGAUAAAGAAAAGUAUGAUAUAUAUUUGAGAGAGUAUAAAUGACUGACUACAAAUAGGGAAGCAGACCCACCAAUAACUUUCGAGGAGUUCAAAGAGAGAUAUAAUUGCGAUUUUGUAAAAGCUCUAGUUGAAUUAAUAGAAAGGGAGCGAAAAAAAGAGAUAAAGAAGAAAGGGUUUUCUUCGUGGCCUAUAUAG